AAACCGCAGUCAGGUUUCCUGUGGAAGAGGUGCUCUUUAGAUCUGUCUGAGUCAAAGUGAAACGUUUUGUCACCUACGAACUGCCCCUCACUCAAACCACAUCCCCCCACGUCCUCUAAUCAGCUUAUAAGACCAGUGCUGAAGUGAUAUCUGCAUUAAUACGGUUCUGUUCACGUCGUCAUCACCAUCAGCGGUCAUGUCCUCCGGUUCUCUCCUGCUGGUUCUGCUGGUUCUGGGCUGCGUUCAGUCCUUCACAGAGGCCCAGAAUCAAAAUACACCAGAACAAUGCUGUUUCAAAUUCCAGACGAAUAAAAUCCCUCUACGAGUGAUUAAGGGGUAUAAAGACACAGAGAGUGACUGUACAAAAGCUGGAAUCGUUUUUAUCCUAAACAAUGGUCGUCGUGUGUGUGCAGACCCUGGAGAUCUGUGGGUGAAGAAUCACAUGAAGAAAAUUGACCUGCGCUUUUUUGCAGAGCCGAUCCAACAUCAAAAGAAACGUUAAAUCCUCUCUCUGUUAAU